UUAGCGCGUCCUGUUUGGUGUAAAUAUCAAUUUUAAAUUUCAUUGUACCGUGUUUUGGUUACCGAGUAUAGUUGACAACAGCAAAACAACGAUGUUCCCGCAGAGUUCACAGAGAAGGUACUGGAUAUUUAGCGACGAAAAUGAUUUGACAGCGUUGAGAGAAAAAACCAACGUAGAAUUUAUUCAAAAGCAUGGUGCGAAUAUGACGCCAGAGGAAAGGGAGGAACAUUUUCUAUCCCACACAGAAGAACGUACAUUACUACGUUUUUAUGAAUUACAAUUGAGAGACUUUUGUCGUCGUUUCACUCCUUCAAUGCCACGUGCUACUGUAGCGACGGCAUUACAUUAUUUCAAAAGAUUCUACCUUAGAAACAGUGUUAUGGAUUAUCAUCCCAAAGAAAUCUUAGUCACAUGUGUCUACUUGGCUUGUAAAGUAGAGGAAUUUAAUGUAUCCAUAUAUCAGUUUGUUGCUAAUAUUAAGGGAGAUAGAGAAAAAGCAUCUGAUAUCAUUCUUAAUAAUGAAUUACUCCUCAUGCAGCAACUAAAUUAUAACUUGACAGUACAUAAUCCAUUCAGACCAGUAGAAGGUUUAAUGAUAGAUAUUAAGACAAGGUAUGUUUCUUUGGAAAAUCCCGAAAAGUUAAGGCCUUAUAUAGAAGAAUUUUUAGAAAGGGUAUUUUUGACUGAUAGUGUUUUGCUAUAUACCCCAAGCCAAGUUGCAUUGGCUGCAACAUUACACGCUGCAUCCAGAGCUUCUGCUAAUUUGGACAAUUAUGUGACAGAUAUUUUGUUCUCCAAAGAACAUUUAGGAUGUAUCAUAGAAGCAGUCAGAAAAAUAAGAUCUAUGGCUAAGUUUGUGGAACCUCCUUCAAGGGAAGUGGUAAGAGCUUUGGAAAAGAAAUUAGAGAAAUGUAGAAAUCAGGAAAACAAUCCUGACAGUGAAAUCUAUAAGCAGAGAAUGCAAGAAAUGUUGGAUGAAGAAGAUUUACAGGAUAAUGAAAAAUAUGCUAAAAUUAUACAAGAUCAAGCAGCUCACGAUGAGAAAAUUUUGGGUGUCAGUAAAGUCCUGUCUCCCUCUGCUCUAUAA